AGAGGAGUGCAAUAUAAAUGAUCUUAGUCGAUCCAAGGCCUCACCACCUUCUUCAUCACUACAUUAAAUCUUAGUACCAAGUCUGCAUGAUAAUAUUUAUGAUUCUUCAGCAGCCUAGUGCUAUAUCUGACAACAACGCACUUUAUAAUUUUAAUAUGCUUCCGACUCCAGAAGAUACUAACCACAACAUGUAAAUAUCAAAUUAUACUGUUGCUAAAGCGUAACUUGUUCUGGAAUGUACGUUAAACAUCUAGCUCAUUCAACAAUAAAGCCUCUUGUCUUAAAAAAUUAUGCAAUGGGCUUGUACCACUUAUGGCACAGAGCAUAUCAUGUCACGGUUAUCAGGGGUGUAGAAAUGGUCGGGGCACCUGACAAGCUUUCAAAAAUCCGGCCAUACAAAUGCACAACAGCACCUGAAGCAACCCAACUAGAAAAACGGCUCAACAUGCUGAAAACAGAAACCCAACAAUGGCAUCAUAAUUUCUGGAGCAAACACAAUGAGCGAUUUAAUCAAGGGAAAGAAGAAUAUAUCAAAAAUCAUAAGAAAUAUUUAUCAUCUAUGAAUAUAGGAGAUGCGAAACAAACUUUAAAUGCAGAAGACAUGGCAAUGUUUCAUAAAAUGUUUUUGAAACAAAAUCACUCUCUGAACACUCAGUAUGACAGGGAAUGGAGAUACAGAAAUAGAAAAAUCCUUCUUUUGAUGCUAAAAGUUGAAUUGCAAAAACAGUUUCACAAAUUGAGAAAAAAAUUCCUCUGACCCCAUCACAUCAUCGCAUGUCUAACUGAUGACUGCGUUCAAGAUUUAACUAAAAAUUGGGUGGAGAUUCUGGUAUAAUUGGAAUUUGAAUGAGCUUUUUGAAAUAUAGCAUAUUGCUGCAUUGAUAAUAAAAUUUUUUCAACUUUUCAUAAAGAUACGUAAAACGAUCGCGAUGCCCUAUAAGUGUAUCUGGCGGCAGACAUGCAUGAAGUUUCAACAGAAGUUUCACUGAAUAGUCAUACAUCUGACUAGAAUCCGAAAUUAUAGGAAUACAAGCUGCAAGUCUGCACUGGCCUGCAGCAGUCAUUGAUAUUGCUUUUGAGAAAUCAAGCGUGCGAAAUAUUGCUUCUUGUAGAUCCAUUUGUGAAUCCAAGCAGUCAAGAAUGUCUACACAUAAUUCCAAAGAUGUAUUCAUAUCAUUGUUACCUAUUUUUUCUAGCGUAUCAUCUGAAAUAGAAAAAUUCCCGGGAAACUCUGAAUACUUGA